AAUUAUAAUUUUGUGGUCACAUGACAAUUACAAGUGGGCCAUGUGCAAAGUAAAAAACUGGGGCGAAGCAUUUGCAUUGAUAAAAAAGCAGGAGUACUCCUGAUAAAAGUGAGGUGCAUUGAUUGGGUGUGCAGCCAGGGAUCAAAGCAAUGACUGUUCCGAGGGUGCACAUAAAAGGGUUGGGGGAAAGUGGAGACAAGGAAGAAAUUAGAGAUUUGUUCGGCAAGUUCGGUCCCCUCAAGAACGUUUGGAUAGCAACUAAACCACCCGGAUUUGCGUAUGUUUUUUUCCAGACUUUCGAAGAUGCCGAGAAAGCUGUCGACUAUUACAAUGGUAAAAAGGUGUGUGGUAUGACAGUGAGAGUGGAGCUGUCACCAAUCGAGGACAAAAUGCGGUUCAGGCAACCUCUUCCGAGACGUUUAGAACCUGUCGAAAGAAAAAAAGAUGACGAAACAAGGUCAUUCAGCGAUGAAAGUGACAAGUAUUACGAUUCUGAUGAAGAUGCAAAGCGUGAUUACGAGCGAGAGAGACGACAUGAAAAAGGUGACUAUCGUGACAGGAACCCCAGAGAGGGCUAUCAAAGUAGGGGGAGACCCUAUCAACGUGGGGGAUCGAGAGGAUACUCCUCCAGCUAUCGUGGUCAGAGUGAUGAACGUAGGCACAGUUAUCCCGAUAGACGUGGCAGUUUUGGACGAGGACGGGGUUGGAGCGAUCAUCGAGACAGAUACGAGGACGGUUAUCGGCCUAGAGGACGAGGUCGCGGAGAUUACCAUGGUGGCAGCUUCAGGGGAAGGGGGCGUGACAGAGGAGGAGCUCCUGACAGGUAUUACAGUGGACAAGACCGUGGUGACCGUGGUGAUCGUGGUGGGGGAUUCAGACCGAGAGAAUUUCAUAGACAAGACCAGUACAGCAGCAGUGGUCGUGGCAGGAGUUACUACCAAGAAAAACCUUAUUUCGAACGCUCUAGAUCCAACUCUGGCCGUUACUCCCCACCUCCCCCCUCGAGACACCCCUCUGACUAUAGUCCCCACAAGAGGCGGCUAGGACCCCCUGUCGAUAGCGAGUAUGUAGCCAAGCAGUACCGGAUGAAACACGUGAAGAAUGGAAGAGGAGAAACUGAUUUUGGUGGGAGCAGUAGAAGUGGAGAGAGCAGACGUCAUGACAUGGAAUAUCGCCACAGUCGAAGAAUGACGAAGGAAGAAAUGUAUGAUCCCAGAGAAAGAGACUAUAUCCAAGAGAAGGACUCUCGCCAUCCACACCCGAGCAAGCGUCACGCUGAACACAGAUCUCAUCACAAAGAGUAUAUUGGCUCAAAGUACUGGAAAUCGGAAGAGUUACGAAGCCGUUCUCCUCUCUCGCCUUCCAAAGAGUAUGGAUCACCCCCUCGAAGAUAUCGCUACCCAGACGGCAGCCCUUCGUCGUCUCGAUCAAGAUCACGAUCUGUGUCUAGUCAGACCAGUGACACGAGCCGAGGUCCCAGUGCCAGCCCAAGCCCACCUCGUCACAAGAACCGCUAUCGCACUCCCUCUAGAUCGUUGAGUCGAUCUGCUUCUCCUCUGCCCGAAGUGUACGCAGGUGGCAAGUACUCACACCCACAAUCUCCGCAAGAAGAUGCUCGAUACCGUUCUCCUUCCCCUGAAUAUUUGGAAACCUCUAAAUUCUCCUCACCUCCCCCACCUCCUCCACCACCCCUACCGCCGUACGAUCGACGCUCCUCCCCUACGUAUGCCUCAAAUUCACCUGCUUAUGUGAUGUCUCCAAAGCAUGGUGAUCGAUUUGAGAGUGAGAAAGAAAUGGAAUAUGAGCGAGCUAAAAAACAGCACGAGUACAAGAAAAUGAAAAGAGAAGUGCGUGAUCGAGAUCGUGAUCGACAGAUUGUUUAUCAGGAAAAGCCCAACAAAAAUCGUUAUAUUGAGCUCGAUACUCGAACGAUUCAAGAACGCGAUGACAAAAGGCAGCACACUCGACCACUCAGUGAAUCGUUUGAUAUGAUUGGAUCGUCCCACAGCAGUGGGAACUCGUCCCCUCCUCCACAGCGAAGGCCCCAUGGUGAUUUGAAGAGGAAAAGGUCAUCUCACAAGGAAGACCGAUCGGAGGCCAUGCCGGGGAGACAGAUACGAAAGAAUUCUCCACUGUCUGAGAGGAUGAUGAAAGGACACUAAACUACAAGACUUGACCAUGUUUGGCGUAAAACCACUCAAGAUUUAACUUUAGAUAAUCUAAUCGUAUAUAUCCCCGUAACAAAACUUUACAUGUAUUGAAACUUAUAGUACUUUGGUCCUGUCUGUACAAUUAUACAUUUAUAUUAAUUGGGUUUGUUUUCUACUUUUUGUUGUUGAAAAAUCAGAAAAUUAAUUUUCAUAAAGUUUGA